UCCUAAUAUCUCUCAAAAUGGCAGUCCCAAAGUCUGCCUCGACGAUUUGUUUGGUGGGGCUAACCCUAGCCCUAACCCUAACCAUGACUGCAACCGUAGCGGUUGCGAAUAGCAGCCCGAAGGACUUUGUGGAUGUCCACAAUGCGAUUCGUGCCGAGAACGGCGUUGGCCCUGUGGCUUGGAAUACGACGUUGGCUGACUAUGCYGAGAACUUYGCAAAGACAAGGGUUGAUACCUGCGAGAUGGAGCAUUCGAUGGGACCUUAUGCCGAAAACUUGGCGGAGGCGUUCGAGUCGACGACGGCGGAGGCGACGGUGAAGUUCUGGGCUACUGAGAAGGAAUUCUACGACCCCAAGGCCAACAAGUGUGUGAACGAUGAGUGUGGCCAUUUUAUGAAUGUGGUGGGRAAGGACACAAAAUACAUUGGUUGUGCUGAGGUUAGGUGCAAAAACAAUUAUAUCUUCACCAUUUGCAAUUAUAGCUAGCUUCUCGGAUGCAACACAAAUAUUAUUUGAAGUAUAAAUAAAUAAUAUUUUGUACCUUUUAA